AGCAGCCCCCCUGUUAAGUACCAGAUUGUGUGGAGAGUCUUCCCAUUUGGAAAGAGCCUCGCCGACGCGUCUGGGAACCAAAACCCGCUGAGCUCUCUGACUUCAACAACGGAUCACUUCUCUCUCCCGUCUCUCAGGUUGAGGGUCUACAACAGAGACUUACAGCUUUUACAUUUUUCCUUUCUUGACACCAAAGAUUCGACAGUCUUCUCUAUAGCUUCAUUCAUGUGUUGCUGAGCCAAAGGAGCUGAAGAUGAAGAGCAGGCUGUUUGUGGUGGCGGCUGCCCUCCUGGCACUGCUGCUCUCCUCCUCUCACGCCCAGGAUCAAGUCUACCCUCCGUCAGAUUUGAGGUUUAAGAUUUUAAAUGAGAACACUGUUCAAAUGAUCUGGAGCAAAACACAAUCGAGGAUAGAGGGCUACAGAAUACAAGUGACUUCAGACACAGGAGAACCAACAAAAGAAUUUACUCUGCCUGCAUCUGUGACCAAGACCUCCAUCUCAGACCUGAGUCCAGAUGUGGAUUAUGUCGUAACGAUAUCAACGUACGCUGGAUCAGUGGAGAGCCUGCCCAUCUCCGGACAGAUUACACUUGAAUCAAGUGGCGGCACAAGAGGAACUUCCAGGAAACCAGACCCUUCAGAUUCAGUCAAAUGCUCUUUAAGUGCCAUCGCUGACGUGGUGUUCUUGGUGGACGGCUCCUGGAGCGUGGGCAGGCCGAACUUUAAAUACAUCCGCAACUUUAUCUCAGCGGCGGCUGGCGCCUUCCAGAUCGCCGAGGACAAAACCCGGGUGGGCGUGAUCCAGUACAGCAGCGACCCCCGAACAGAGUUCAACCUCAAACAACACUUGACCCGACCGGCGCUGCUCCGGGCCAUCGGCUCGCUGCCAUACAAAGGAGGAGACACCAUGACAGGCGAUGCCCUCGAAUACCUCCUGAAAAACUCUUUCACCGAGGAGGCCGGUGCCAGGAAGGGUUUUCCCAAAGUCCUGGUGAUCAUCACAGACGGCAAAUCUGAGGAUCCAGUGGAGAGCUAUGCCAGGCAGCUGAAGAGCAGGGGGGUGGAGAUCUUUGUCCUCGGCAUCGAACAGGCAGAUGAAGAGGAGAUGAAGCUAAUGGCCUCCACUCCUCACAGAAGUCACAUCUAUAAUGUCGCCAACUUUAACUUGAUCAAGAAUGUGCAGAAGGAGCUCAUCACUCAGGUGUGCGCUGGUGUUGACGAUCAACUCAACUCAAUCAUCAGUGGAGAAGAAGCCGUUGAGCCGGCGUCCAACCUCCAAGUCCUGGAGGUGGCCUCAAAGUCCGUGCGGUUGACCUGGGAUGCCUCUAUUGGAGAGAUUUCCGGAUACAAGGUGCAGAUGAUCCCUAUGAUGACCGGCAGCAAGCGGCAGGAGUUGUUGGUGGGCCCGACCCAGACCUCGGUGGUGGUCAGAGACAUUUCUCCGGAGACAGAGUACCAGAUCCAUCUGUUCGCCAUGAACGGCCUGAUGCCCAGCGAGCCCAUCACGCUCAUGCAGAAGACGCAGCCAAUUAAAGUAUCACUGGAGUGUUCUCUUGGCGUGGAUGUUCAAGCCGAUGUCGUCCUCCUGGUUGACGGUUCCUACAGCAUCGGUCUGGCUAACUUUGCUAAAGUAAGAGCUUUCCUGGAAGUGCUGGUGACCAGCUUUGACAUCGGGCGAGAUAAAGUCCAGAUCAGCUUGGUCCAGUACAGCAGGGACCCCCACACUGAGUUCCACCUGAACACUCACCAUGACCAGAGCGCCGUGGUCAAGGCUGUGAGGACUUUCCCGUACCGCGGCGGCUCCACUAACACCGGCAGGGCCAUGACCUACGUGAGAGAGAAGAUCUUCCAGGUCAACAAAGGGGCGCGCCCCAACGUUCCUCGUGUCAACAUCCUCAUCACUGACGGGAAGUCAUCCGACGCCUUCCAGGAGCCGGCCACCAAGCUGAGGAAUGCCGAUGUGGAGAUCUUUGCGGUGGGCGUUAAGGACGCUGUACGAUCUGAGCUGGAGGCCAUCGCCAAUGACCCUGCAGACACCCAUGUGUACACCGUAGAGGACUUUGAUGCCUUCCAGAGAAUUUCCAAAGAACUCACACAGUCCAUCUGCCUGAGGAUCGAGCAAGAGCUUCGCAAAAUCCACCAAAGACGACUGACCCAGCCGAGGGGCCUGUCCUUCUCAGAGGUCGGCUCCAGAAGCUUCCGGGCCGCCUGGGAGAUCGACGCCACCAACGUGGAGUCCUACCUGGUUCGGUUCAAGCCAGAAUAUGGCGACAACGGGCAAUAUGUGUCCAUGUCUGUGCCCGGGGACACGCUCGCCACAAUCCUCCCCCACCUCACCCCACUCACCCGCUAUGAAGUCAACAUUCAUGCUCAGUAUGACAAAGGAGACAGCUUGCCUGUGACCGGCUAUGAGACCACUUUAGAAGAACGAGGCUCCGUGCAGAACCUCAGAGUAUCUGAAGAGACCGCAGACAGCUUCAGGGUGUCAUGGCAGCCGGCUCCAGGAGACGUCACUCGCUACAAAUUGACCUACGAACCUGCAGGAGACGAGAGCUCGAGGCUGGAGACGACCACCGUCGGCACCGAGAUGACGAUUGCGCUGCAGGAGCUUCAGCCUAAAACCACAUACCGCGUCAUCGUCACGCCGGACUACUCCUCGGGCUCCGGAGUGCCGAUGGAGACUGACGGCACCACUAAAGAAGCCAGGGGUUCUCCCCGCGACCUGAGGGUGUUCAACGAGACCGCGUCCUCCAUGAAGGUCUCGUGGGAGCCGGCACCGGGGAGCGUGCUGCAGUACCGCGUGGCGUACCAACCCUCCGCCGGUGGGCCCAGGAAGGAAGUGUCGGUGAAGGGCGACAACAGGGCCGCCCUCCUGAAGAACCUGCAGCCGGGCACCCGGUACAACAUCUCUGUCAGCGCACGAUACCCCUCCGGUCCGGGGGACGCCCUGGAGGGCCAAGGCGCCACGCUAGAAGAGAUGGGUUCUCCUAAAAACCUCGUCACCAGCGAUGUGACCGAAUCCAGCUUCGCGGCGUCCUGGACGCAGGCGCCUGGCAACGUGAAGAUGUACCGCGUUCGAUGGAAGUCACUGUUCUCGCAGGAGGCCGGAGAUAAGACGGUGCCAGGAGACGUGACCGACACCGUGCUGGAAGCGCUGAGGCCGGAGACGCUCUACCAGGUGUCUGUGGUCGCCGCCUACGAUCGGAAAGACAGCAACCCGCUCACCGGACAGGAAACCACUGACGCCUCUGCUGCUGGUAAAAAGUUGACCGUGUCGGACGAGACCGAGCGAACCAUGAGAGUCACGUGGACGCCGGCGCCGGGCAAGGUGGCCCACUACAGGCUGAAGUACGUUCCCAUUGGUGGAGGGAAAGAAGUGGCGCUCAGGAUCCCUGGCACGACCACGUCCACCGUCAUGAAGCGCCUGCAGCCCACGACCACUUACAACAUCACCGUUCACCCCAUCUACAAGCGCGGGGAAGGAAAAGCAAGGCAAGGAGUAGGAACGACACUGUCGCCCUUCAAGGCUCCCAGGAACCUCCAGACCUCAGAACCCACCAAGACCAGUUUCAGAGUCUCCUGGGAUCCAGCGCCCGGAGAGGUUCGGGGCUACAAAGUGACCUUUCACCCCGACGGGAAUGAUAUUGACCUGGGGGAGCUCCUGGUUGGACCCUACGAUAACACAGUCGUUCUAGAGGAACUCAGGGAAGGAACUAAGUACUCUGUUGCCGUGUUUGGGAUGUUUGAUGAAGGGGAGAGUAACCCUCUGGCAGGAGUGGAGAACACGACCCUCAUGGACGCUCCUGAGCCACCUACUGUCAAUCCCUCUGAGACUAAGUGUAAGACCGCAGCAAAGGCCGACCUCGUGCUGCUGAUCGACGGCUCCUGGAGCAUCGGUCGCAUCAACUUCAGAACCAUCCGCAACUUCAUCGCUCGCAUGGUCAGCGUGUUCGACAUCCGCCCUGAGAGAGUCCAGAUUGGUCUGGCACAGUACAGUGGAGACCCAAAGACCGAGUGGCACCUGAACUCCCACGCGACCAAGGCCUCGCUGCUGAAAGCCAUCGACAACCUGCCGUACAAAGGAGGCAACACCAUGACAGGCAUGGCUCUGAACUACAUCCUUCAGAACAACUUCAAAGCCAACGUGGGGAUGCGUCCCGAUGCUCGCAAAAUUGGUAUCCUGGUCACUGACGGAAAGUCUCAGGACGAAAUCGUCUUCAACUCGCAGAACCUGAGAGACAGUGGCAUCGAGCUCUACGCAGUCGGUGUGAAAAACGCCGACGAGGGCGAGUUGAGGACCAUCGCCUCCGACCCCGACGACAUUCACAUGUACAACGUCAACGACUUCAAGUUCCUGGUUGACAUCGUUGACGACCUCACCAUCAACCUGUGUAACAGCAUCAAGGGCCCAGGAGGUGAACUGGAGGCGCCCACCAACCUCAUGACCUCGGAGGUGACCCACAGCUCCUUCCGGGCCACCUGGACGGCCUCCGACGGCCCUGUCGACAACUAUCGUGUCACCUAUAUGAAGGUGGCUGGAGGACCCACCCAGCAGUUGGUAGGAUCGGAGAACACUGUCGUGCUGCGAGGCCUGACCGCUCUCACCGAGUACUUCGUCAAUGUUUACUCCGUGCUCGACGAGGUGAACAGCGAGCCUCUGAAGGGCACCGAGACCACCUUGCCGCUGUCAGCAGCGACGAACAUGAUUGUGUACGAUGAGACCUCGAGCACCAUGAAGGUGAGCUGGGACGAAGCAGAUGGAGCCACAGGCUACAUGCUGCUGUACAAGACCAUGAACGCCACUGAGCCUCAGCUGGAGAUGGAGGUACGUGUUGGAGACGAUGUAACUAACGUCCAGCUGGUGCAGCUGAUACCCAACACGCAAUACUCCAUCAGUCUUUAUGCCCUGCAUGGAGAGGCUGCCAGCGACUCUCUGGAGGGGAGAGGAGUCACCUUGCCCGUGCCUCCUGCAGGCGUCUUGAGAAUCUCAGAUGUGACUCACAGCGCCAUGAGGCUUAUGUGGGACGCUGCUCCUGGAGCCGUCCGCAAGUACAUGGUCACCUACAAACCAGAUGAGGGAGACCUGAAGGAGGUUGAAGUCAAUGGGGACAUUAUCAACCUGGACCUCGUCAGUCUCAUCUCCCAGACUGAGUACGACGUGGCCGUCACCCCGAUGUACGACGAGGGACCCGGAAACCCGAUGCUCGGAACCGCCAUCACAGAUGUUGUUCCUGCUCCCAAGGACCUGCAGUUCUCUGAGGUGACCCAGACCUCGUUCAGAGCUACCUGGCAGCACGGGGCCCCGGACGUGGCCCUCUACCGCAUCGGCUGGACCAAGAAGGGGGAGCAGGACGUCCAGUUUGCCAUCCUGAACAGCAAUGAGAUCUCCCACGUCCUGCAGAACCUGGACCCCGACACCGACUACUCCGUCACCGUCACAGCCAUCUACCCCGACGAGUCGGAGAGCGAGGACCUGAUGGGAAGCGAGCGCACAUUGCCUGCUCAGCCUCCUCAGAACUUGAGGGUUUUCAACGCCACCACCUCCACACUGACGUUGAAGUGGGACGCCGCCCCCGGUGCCGUACAGAACUACAAGAUCAUUUACAAGCCUGUCGCUGGAGGGGAGCCUCUCUCAACGCAGGUCGGAGGGAAGAAGACCAGCGUCAUCCUGCAGAAGCUGGAGCCCGACACUCAGUACUCCGUCACCGUGGCCGCCGUGUAUCCCACCGGCGUCAGCAGAGACAUCUCUGGCGAAGGACAAACCAAGCCUCUGGGUGGAGUGAGGAACCUGCAGGUGUUGAACCCCACCAUGACCACCCUGAACGUUCGCUGGGAGCCCGCUGAUGGCCGAGUGAAGGAGUACAAAGUCAUCUAUGUUCCCGCCGCCGGAGGAGCUGAGAGCAUGGAAACAGUGUCUGCCGGCACGACCAACACCAUCCUGCGCAGCCUGCAGCCCGACACCCUGUACACCGUCUCUCUGGUGCCGGUCUACGCUGGCAGAGAGGGAAAGACGAUGUCCGAGAACGGAAAGACAAGGCCACUGGGAGGAGUGAAGAACCUGCGGGUGACGGACCCCUCCAUGACCUCUCUCACCGUGAACUGGGACCCGGCUGACGGAGCCGUGCGCCUGUACAAAGUCUUCUUUGUGCCGGCUGCCGGGGGCCGAGAGGAGAUGGAGCAAGUUCCUGCGAGCACCACCAACAUCAUCCUCAGAAACCUGAUGCCCGACACGCCAUACACAGUGUCAGUGUUACCGGUGUACCCGGCCCGCGAGGGGAAGCGUCAGGCAGAGAACGGAAAGACACUGCCGUUGGGCGGCGUGGGCAACAUGAAGGUGACCAACCCGACCAUCACCACUCUCACUGUGACCUGGAAUCCUGCUGAUGGCAACGUGCAGGGAUACAAAGUGAUCUACGUUCCUGUGAAUGGAGGACAGGAGAUCGUGGAGCAAGUGUCAGAGAGCACCACCAAAACCGUCCUGGACAAGCUUCUGCCGGACACAAGCUACACCGUCACUGUGGUCCCCGUCUACGCGGAGGGAGACGGACCCAGCCUGACUGACGCUGGGAAGACGAAGCCGCUGGGAUUUGCGAGGAACCUGCAGGUGACCGAUCCCACCACCAGCACACUGAACGUCCACUGGGAGCCGGCGGAGGGAAACGUACGCGAGUACAUCGUGAUCUGGGUGCCCGCUGCCGGAGGAGACCAGGAAGUGGACCAGGUGUCCGGAACCUCCAGAUCCACCGUCCUGAAGAACCUGGAGCCGAACACGGAGUACACCGUCACCGUCGUGCCCGUGUACCACGAGAUGGAGGGCGUGUCCAUGUCCGAAAAUGGGAAGACGAAUCCUCUGGGUGGAGUGAAGAACCUGCAGGUGAUUGACCCGACCAUCAGCACUCUGACGGCUCGCUGGGACGCCGCCGUGGGAAACGUCCGCAGCUACAAAGUCUUUUACGCUGCCGAAGCAGGAGGAGAAGAACAAAUGGAGGAGGUGUCAGGAGGCUCCACCACCACCACCCUGAGGAACCUGGAGUCCGACACCGUAUACAACGUGGCUGUUGUUCCCAUCUACCCGGACGUGGAGGGAAUACGUCAGGCCGAGAAGGGAAAGACAAAGCCUCUCGGGGGAGUGAAGAACCUGCAGGUGACCGAUCCCACCACCAUCUCUCUCCGGGUUCGCUGGGAGCCGGCCGAGGGCGACGUCAGGCAGUACCACAUCAUCUACGUCCCCACCGGCGGAGGAGCCGAGAGCAUGACUCAGGUUUCUGGGAUGUCGACCAACACGGUGCUGAGAGACCUGAAGCCUGACACCGAGUACAGAGUGACGCUGGUGCCAGUUUACUCCGACGUGGAGGGGAAACGCUCGUCAGAGAACGGAAAGACGAAAUCUCUGGGCGGUGUGAAGAACAUGCAGGUCACUGAUCCCACCACCAGCUCCCUCAAGGUGCGCUGGGAGCCGGCGGAGGGCAACGUCCGACAGUAUCGCAUCUUCUACGUUCCUGCAGCCGGAGGAGCCGAGGACAUGGAGCAGGUGUCAGGUGGCACCACCAGCACCUUCCUGAGGAACCUGCUGUCAGACACUCGCUACACGGUGACUGUGGUCCCAGUUUACCCCGAGGGAGACGGGCUGCGGCAGUCUGACGAUGGAAAGACACUCCCACGCACGCCACCCAAGAACAUCCAGGUGUACAACCCCACCCCCAACAGCCUGAACGUGCGCUGGGAGCCUGCCUCAGGCCAGGUUCAGCAGUACCGGGUGGCGUAUUCCUCGCUGAGCGGAACCAGACAAACCGAGUCGGUCCUGGUUUCUGGAAAUCUUAACAACGCCUUCCUGGACAACCUGAUCCCUGAUACUCCGUAUUCUGUCAAUGUGUCGGCUCUGUACGCCGACGGAGAGGGAUCACCUAUCAAGGGCAACGGCAAAACACUGCCGCGUGGCGGUCCCAGGAACAUGCGCGUGUAUGACGCCACCACCAGCACCCUCACCCUCGGCUGGGACCACGCAGAGGGUCCCGUGAGGCAGUACAGGAUCGCUUACGCUCCCAUGACCGGAGACCCCAUCACAGAGUUCGCGGUGGUGCCAGGGAACAGAAACAACGCCAUGCUGCAGAACCUGCUCCCCGACACCCCGUACAACAUCACCGUGGAGGCCAUCUACGCGGAGGGUCCCGGGGGGUCUCUCAAUGGAAACGGACGCACAGUCGGCAUGUUGAGCCCCAGGAACCUGCGGGUGUCAGACGAGUGGUACACCAGGUUCAGGGUGGCCUGGGACCCGGUGCCCGCUCCGGUCCAGGGAUACAGAAUCAUCUACGCUCCUGCAGGCACACAGAGGCCCAUAGAUUUCUUUGUGGGCGACGUGACCUCGUACACGCUGCACAACCUGCUGCCUGGAACCACCUACGAUCUGAAGGUUCUGGCUCAGUACGUCAGCGGCAUGAGCGAGCCGCUGCCCGGCGAGGGAACGACACUUUACCUGAACGUGACCAACAUUGAGACCUACAACGUGGACCACGACAAGUUCUGCAUCAAAUGGGCUCCUCACAGGGCGGCCACGUCCUACCGCAUCAAACUCCUCCCGGUGGACCCCUCCAGUAACGGACAGCAUGAGAUCACCAUCCCCGCCGGGCUGCCUCAGUACUGCUUCGACGGACUUUCUCCGGACGCUCUGUACACGGCCACACUCUUUGUUCAGACCCCAAAUCUGGAGGGUCCAGGAGUCAGCGCCAAGGAGAGGACAUUGGUGAAGCCAACGCCUGCUCCAACACUCCCACCGACCCCGACCCCCCCACCCACCAUCCCCCCAGCGUGGGCAGUCUGCAGAGGUGCCAAAGCAGAUGUGGUGUUCGUCAUCGACGGCUCCUGGAGCAUCGGCGAGGAGAGCUUCACCAAAGUCGUGCACUUUGUCUACGGCAUGAUCGCUGCCUUCGAUGUCGUCGGACCCUCAGGGAUGCAGGUGUCCUUUGUGCAGUACAGCGACGACGCAAAGACUGAGUUCAGGCUGAACGCUUAUCAAGACAAAGGCAUCGCCAUGUCUGCGCUUCAUCACAUCCGCUACAAAGGAGGAAACACCAAGACAGGGGUGGCGCUGAAGCACACCUACGAGAAGGCCUUCUCUAUUGAGAAUGGGAUGAGGAGAAACGUCCCCAAGGUGGUCGUAGCGAUCACUGACGGGCGCUCUCAGGACGAGGUGAAGAAGAGCGCUGCCAAGCUGCAGCACGCAGGUUACAGUGUGUUUUCCAUCGGUGUGGCCGACGUGGACUUCGUGGAACUGCAGGAGAUCGGCAGCAAACCCAGCGACAGACACGUGUUCGUCGUGGACGACUUCGACGCUUUUGACACCAUCAAAGAAAACCUGAUCACCUUCAUUUGCGAGACGGCGACUUCAUCGUGUCCACUGAUUUACCUGAAUGGAUUCACUUCGCCUGGCUUCAGGAUGCUCGAGGCGUUCAACCUGACGGAGAAGACGUACGGUUACGUUCAGGGCGUCUCCAUGGAGCCGGGCUCCUUCAACAGCUACACGGCGUACAGACUCCACAAGAACGCCUUCCUGACUCAGCCCACCACGGAGAUCCACCCUGACGGGCUCCCCCCCGCCUACACCAUCAUCCUGAUGUUCCGCCUCCUGCCCGACUCGCCCACCGAGGCCUUCGACAUCUGGCAGGUGUCGAGCGGAGACCACAAGCCAGAGACCGGAGUCACGAUCGACCCCUCCAGCCAGACUGUAUCCUUCUACAACAAAGACACGCGCGGGGAGAUCCAGAGGGUCACAUUCGACACCGAGCAAGUGAAGAGGAUCUUCCACGGAAGCUUCCACAAGCUCCAUAUCCUGGUUUCACCCACUGGCGUCAAACUCAACAUCGACUGCCAAGAAGUGGUUGAAAAGGAGAUCAAGGAAGCCGGAAACACGUCCAGCGAUGGCUACCAGGUUCUGGGCAAGAUGUCCAAGUCCAUCGGCUCCAAAGGAGAAUCAGCAACUUUCCAGCUCCAGAUGUUCGAUAUUGUGUGCAGCUUGGGCUGGACCAGCAGGGACAGAUGUUGUGACCUCCCGUCUAUGAGAGAUGACCUGAAGUGUCCUUCUCUUCCCAACUCCUGCACCUGCACUUCAGCGGGCACCGGGCUGCCGGGGCCUCAGGGACCAAUGGGUGCCCCCGGCAACAAAGGUCCCCGAGGUGAAAGAGGAGAGGCCGGUCCUUCUGGGCAGAUCGGCCCGCAUGGAGAUAACGGACCACCUGGACCCAUGGGUCUGCCCGGUCCUCAAGGACCCAGCGGCCUGUCCAUCCCAGGAGAGGCUGGCCGUCCUGGACCAAAGGGAGACCACGGAGACUCGGGCUUACCUGGACAGAAAGGUUCACCGGGUCCUGUCGGUUCCGCCGGCCCCAUCGGACCAGCUGGAAUCAGGGGCCCCCCAGGAAAGGAUGGAUCGACGGGACCCCGAGGCCCCACAGGGCCCAUGGGACCUCCAGGAUCUCCUGGAGCACAAGGUGGUGGAGGAAAACCAGGGAACCCCGGAGACUCCGGGACUCCUGGCGCUGUCGGUUCAAAGGGAGACAAGGGGGAGAGAGGCGACUUCGCUCCUCAGAACAUGAUGCGAUCUAUUGCCCGACAAGUGUGCGAGACGCUGGUGAACGCACAAAUGACUCGAGUCAACACGCUACUGAACCAGAUCCCUAACGGCAUGUACCGCAGCAACAACCCGGGUCCCGCAGGGCCCGCAGGACCCACCGGCAGGCAGGGACCCCGCGGAGAGCCCGGCGCCGCGGGAAGGAGCGGAUUACAUGGAAAUCCAGGUUCACCGGGACAGCAGGGAGAGAGAGGCGCUGGAGGAGAGAAAGGUGAACGAGGACUGUCAGGAGUCGGACAGAAGGGACUGAGAGGACCUGCUGGUCCACAAGGAGAAAGCAGGACUGGCCCCCCCGGCCCCUCGGGCUCCGCUGGACCUCGCGGUCCCCCCGGACGUCCGGGGUACGCAGGAGUGCGCGGGCCCCCCGGCCCCCCUGGAUACUGUGACUCCUCUCAGUGUGUCGGUAUUCCUUACAACGGGCAGGGAUACGGCCAGUACCCUCCUGAACCUGAACCCCACCCCCGGGUGGUGCCGGCCCCCGAGGAGGACGAGCCGUCUCUAAACCAGCGUCGGAAGAGAUCGCUAUCGAGACAGACAUCCAGCAGGCAAACAUCAUAAGACGAGUUCUCUUUGUUUCUCUUGUUUGGAUUCAUGCACAUUCACACACACGCAAAACAAACGGGGUUUGACAUCUCGACUAAUGGAAAACACCUUUAAAUGUGUGAAUAUUGAUUUGUGUGGCAGGGGGGGGGGCUCAUUGUAACAGAAAGUGUGUGUUCGGUCGGGACGUCACAGUUAAUCUAAUUCACUCUUAUGGCAGUUAAUCUAGACUUAAUAUUUAUCAGUUUUCCUUUAAUCCGUCACAGCUCAUUUUAACGUUUAAAGGUGGAAUUGCAUGUCUGUGGUGUAUAUUUAGUUCAUGUUUGUUACAUUUCGUUGUGUUUUAACCAGAAUAAAGUUGUUCUUGUCAUUUUCUCAGUAUCGCAGUGGAAGCCUGAAUGUUGCUGCUUCAUGUCUGAACUGCAGAUUGUGAAUUCCACAGCCUUAUUUUCUUAUUUAUUUCUGAGAACAGAAGAGGCAUUUUUCAAUAAAACUACUGAAAAUUUACAAGA